AACCGUUUUAGAACAUCAAAUGUCACGUUAUGCUGGUAGCUGUCAAAUUUAUAUUUUUUAUUGCAUUUAUUGCAGUUUCAUAUUGCAAACUCUCAACGGAUUUCGGCUCUCAAAAACAUUCCAUGUAGAAAGCUUGACGUGAAUCGAAGCAGACAUUUUGUCACAGAAGCGUCUUCGUGAAAAGGGCUGAAGCAAGUAGAAUUCGUAGCGUUUUGAAUCUUGUUAAAAGUGUUUCCAUCAUGUUUUCUUUACGCGGUGCACACAUUUAUGUUUUCCCGAAUGGAAAUAAUGAAAAAAGGAUGAAAAUAGAGGUAAAUUCCAAUCGAGUUACAAUUGGCGCACAUCCCCUGAACAACAUUCGUUUGCAUACGCUAAACGCUGAGCGGCUCCAUUGCAAAAUAUUUGCCGAUUCGUCUAAUUCGGUAACUAUUGAAAAUUAUUCACAAAAAAAUCCGAUUUUUGUGAAUGGCGUCUGUGUUGAGCGCAGAGCAAAAUUACACGACAAUGAUAGAUUCGAAGUGGCCGGAUCGGCAUUUCUGUGGAAUUUCGAUCCUUCGCACAUCAGAGUGGUUUCCAAGCCGAAAAAGCGCCCGAAUCUGCACAGUCGCAGGAAAACGAUCACAUUGAAGCGUAUACGAAGCACCGGAGACAUUACAAAGCAAAGCAUGAUCAAAGUACCGCGAGCUGUUGGUUUAAUGCUGGAUGAAUAUCGGAAACGUCGAACAAUACACAGCACAAUGUCUGCGCAGUCCCUAAAUAAUAUUGGCAGAAAUGUAAAAAAUUGUGAAGAAAUUGAUCUUACCAACCAAACAAACGCACACGCUGAGUCCAGUACGCAAGCAGCAUUAGAUAUUACUUCAUCAGAUUUAAGUUCCUGCAUAACACCAGUAAUUGAAAAGGAAAACAUUCUACAUAGCCACAUUAAAGAACAAAAAACAAAGCUUACUGCGCAAAUAUCUGCAACAAAGAGACGACACUUAGCCUGCCAUACGCCUGUUUCUAAUCUAAUCGAUUUAACAACACCACCUGCUAAGUCCCGCAUAACACCCGUGGUGCGUAAACCAAUUUCUGCUAAGGCGGUCCAAUCUCCUCGUCUUCUGGAUGUUAUAAACAUCGUAACACCAAGCCCGAACAAAAAAGGACGUAGCACACCAAAUUCGUUGAGGGCAGCAGUUGCAACACCCAAGAGAACACUAUUAAAGUCGGCUAUUAAAAAUUCGCGAGCAAAUGAAUCCGUCGGAGCUAAUAAUACACCAAUACCUUCACAAUCCACGAAGAAAACGCCGAAUGUGAAAUUGAAUACAUUGCGUACCAAUACUCCAAAGGUUACGCCGGCUUCGAGCAAAAGUUCUUCGAUUAAAAUCAGAAAACAUCUCAUAUCCACUCUAAAUGAGAAGAAAGGGGACGUCUUGUUAAAACCGGAUUCUCCAAUCGCUAUCAUAAAUACAGGAAGGUUCAGCAAACAUUCCACACCAACAGUCGGAAAGGGCGACAGAACUCCAAAGAGAGGGAACUUAUGUGUUACUCCGAAGGCCCAGCGUGUCGUACAGAAUGUCAUUGAUGACCAUAACAAUGAAGUAACGAAUGCGACUAUCGAAAAGAGCGCCGGAGAAAGCUGUGCCAGUGUAUUGCCAAUCAUUGAUGUACAAUCAAUUAUAAGGAAACCUAAUCGCACUACACAAAUACGGUCGGCUAGGUAUUCAGACAUAACUCCUCACGAAUCGUUUGCGGACGGAUUAUUGCCACUUGCUACGCCUGCCGAAGAGAAAGAGUUUUUAUUAGAAACCGAGAGCACACCAUUGCCAGCUUACAUGUUCCAGGAUGAGUUGAAAUCUAUUAACAAUAUGCACACAAAUUUUAAUCCUAAUCGCAAUUCCUGUUCAUCGAUUGUCGCAACAGUUUCCACCGAAUCAUCUAACAUACGUAAAACAAUGAGUGAUUUUAGUAGCAGCUUAUCAGGAAGUCCUUUACGUCGUUUUAGUCACAAGCUAAUGCAAACCAAUAUUCAACCUGACAACGAUUGGAAAAAAGACGAAAAUACAAAUGAAUUCGAAUCCGAUAUUGAUACCCUAGCAAAAGAUGCCGAUGAACAUGGCAUGCUGGCGAGUAAUGAUUUGGAACCACCCGUACAAAAAGAUAUGGUCAGUACACCUGAGCUAAGACAUUCAUGGCGACAUACUAGAAAAUGUAUAGGCAGCGCUUUUACAUCUUUAAAUACAUCACGACCGCAGCUAGAUUUAACCGCUGAAAUAGACGAAAGUCUAGUGGUUAUUGAAGAUGAAGAACCAGCACCAGAACAAAAAGAACUUUAUAACAUGGAGUGUUCUGAAGCAUUCUCCACGACGAAUGAACAAUAUGAUUUACAAUGUCCGACCGUAAAAAAUCGUGCAACAGUGCACAUGGAAAACGUACCAAAUGUAUCCACUGGUCCAACCUUUGAAUCAACACCAGAUAUUCUCUGUAGCAGUGCUCUUGAGGAGCGGUCGGCUGAACCUAGCGCAUGUAAUACUGUGGAAAGCACAGAAUUUCCGGUAGAACAUGUCAUUGAAGAUGCACUAGAGGCAGAGGAUCAUUCCGCAGAGGAAUUGCUGCAUGUUGAUUCUAGCGAGGUGCAAUCUUCAAACAUCCUUGAGAAAGGAGAAGAAAUGAUGGAGCUGAUGGAGGUCAUGUCUGAAGCUGCUACUGAACAAGUUUUAGAUUCAACAUCAGACAUAUUUUCUGCGAGUGCUCUUGAGGAGCGGUCGGCUGAACCUAGCGCAUGUAGUACAGUGGAAAGCACAGAAUUACCGGUAGAACAUGUCAUUGAAGACGCACCAGAGGCAGAGGAUCAUUCCGCAGAGGAAUUGCUGCAUGUUGAUUCUAGCGAGGUGCAAACUUCAAACAUCCUUGAAAAAGGAAAAGAAAUGAUGGAGCCGAUGGAGGUCAUGUCUGAAGCUGCUACUGAAGAAGUUUUAGAUUCAGCAUCAGACGUACUUUCUGCAAGUGCUCUUGAGGAGCGGUCGGCUGAACCUAGCGCAUGUAGUACAGUGGAAAGCACAGAAUUACCGGUAAAACAUGUCAUUGAAGAUGCACCAGAGGCAGAGGAUCAUUCCGCAGAGGAAUUGCUGCAUGUUGAUUCUAGCGAGGUGCAAACUUCAAACAUCCUUGAAAAAGGAAAAGAAAUGAUGGAGCCGAUGGAGGUCAUGUCUGAAGCUGCUACUGAAGAAGUUUUAGAUUCAGCAUCAGACGUACUUUCUGCGAGUGCUCUUGAGGAGCGGUCGGCUGAACCUAGCGCAUGUAGUACAGUGGAAAGCACAGAAUUUCCGGUAGAACAUGUCAUUGAAGACGCACCAGAGGCAGAGGAUCAUUCCGCAGAGGAAUUGCUGCAUGUUGAUUCUAGCGAGGUGCAAACUUCAAACAUUCUUGAGAAAGGAAAAGAAAUGAUGGAGCCGAUGGAGGUCAUGUCUGAAGCUGUUACUGAAGAAGUUUUAGAUUCAGCAUCAGACGUACUUUCUGCGAGUGCUCUUGAGGAGCGGUCGGCUGAACCUAGCGCAUGUAGUACAGUGGAAAGCACAGAAUUUCCGGUAGAACAUGUCAUUGAAGACGCACCAGAGGCAGAGGAUCAUUCCGCAGAGGAAUUGCUGCAUGUUGAUUCUAGCGAGGUGCAAUCUUCAAACAUCCUUGAGAAAGGAAAAGAAAUGAUGGAGCCGAUGGAGGUCAUGACUGAAGCUGCUACUGAAGAAGUUUUAGAUUCAACAUCAGACGUACUUUCUGUGAGUGCUCUUGAAGAGGGGUCGGCUGAACCUAGUGCAUGUAGUACAGUGGAAAGCACAGAAUUUCCGGUAGAACAUGUCAUUGAAGACGCACCAGAGGCAGAGGAUCAUUCCGCAGAGGAAUUGCUGCAUGUUGAUUCUAGCGAGGUGCAAACUUCAAACAUCCUUGAAAAAGGAAAAGAAAUGAUGGAGCCGAUGGAGGUCAUGUGUGAAGCUGCUACUGAACAAGUUUUAGAUUCAGCAUCAGACGUACUUUCUGUGAGUGCUCUUGAAGAGGGGUCGGCUGAACCUAGUGCAUGUAGUACAGUGGAAAGCACAGAAUUUCCGGUAGAACAUGUCAUUGAAGACGCACCAGAGGCAGAGGAUCAUUCCGCAGAGGAAUUGCUGCAUGUUGAUUCUAGCGAGGUGCAAUCUUCAAACAUCCUUGAGAAAGGAAAAGAAAUGAUGGAGCCGAUGGAGGUCAUGUCUGAAGCUGCUACUGAAGAAGUUUUAGAUUCAGCAUCAGACGUACUUUCUGCGAGUGCUCUUGAGGAGCGGUCGGCUGAACCUAGCACAUGUAAUACAGUGGAAAGCACAGAAUUUCCGGUAGAACAUGUCAUUGAAGAUGCACCAGAGGCAGAGGAUCAUUCCGCAGAGGAAUUGCUGCAUGUUGAUUCUAGCGAGGUGCAAUCUUCAAACAUCCUUGAGAAAGGAAAAGAAAUGAUGGAGCCGAUGGAGGUCAUGACUGAAGCUGCUACUGAAGAAGUUUUAGAUUCAACAUCAGACGUACUUUCUGCGAGUGCUCUUGAGGAGCGGUCGGCUGAACCUAGCGCAUGUAAUACAGUGGAAAGCACAGAAUUUCCGGUAGAACAUGUCAUUGAAGAUGCGCCAGAGGCAGAGGAUCAUUCCGCAGAGGAAUUGCUGCAUGUUGAUUCUAGCGAGGUGCAAACUUCAAACAUCCUUGAAAAAGGAAAAGAAAUGAUGGAGCCGAUGGAGAUUAUGUCUGAAGCUGCUACUGAACAAGUUUUGGAUUCAACAUCGGACAUACUUUCUGCGAGUGCUCUUGAGGAGCGGUCGGCUGAACCUAGCGCAUGUAAUACAGUGGAAAGCACAGAAUUUCCGGUAGAACAUGUCAUUGAAGAUGCGCCAGAGGCAGAGGAUCAUUUCGCAGAGGAAUUGCUGCAUGUUGAUUCUAGCGAGGUGCAAACUUCAAACAUCCUUGAGAAAGGAAAAGAAAUGAUGGAGCCGAUGGAGGUCAUGUGUGAAGCUGCUACUGAACAAGUUCUGGAUUCAGCAUCAGACAUAAUUUCUGCAAGUACUCUUGAAAAAUCAGGACAGUAUCCGUUUUGCCAUGACAAGGACGAAAAUUUACACGAAAAUGUCGGAAGAACAGGAAUGACAGAGUCUACGCCAAAAAUUUCCCAACGGCGUCUGUAUACAAAAAAGAAUUAUUCAAGUGUAACUCCCGACAAUAAGAUGAACAAAGAAACACCGCUCUUUAUCAGUGACUUCGAUUAUUUGGGAAUGUCAGAAACUCCCAAAUCGAAAGCCAAAAAAACGAAUAUCAAAACAGUUGAUUGCUCCAGUAUUGAAACACGUAAACAGCUUCCUAAAAGAGUAUGUCGUGGAAAAAUUCACAAUCUCUCGGAAGAUUUUUUGGCGGGCGACUCUCCUGCGCCAAAGUUUGUGAAAUCAAAAGUGCUCACAGAAGAUGACCAACACGAAUCCAAUACGGUCACGGUCACUGAUGGAUCCUCGUUUACGGAUCAACAUUUUCCGAAGCAACAAUCAAAGGCAUCAGCAACAAGAAGCGGGCGGUCGCGAAAAAAUGUUCUCGUACCUGUAACUUCAAACUCGUCCGGAACAAUGGAAGUAACUGAUACAGAACCAGACAAAAUUUUAAUAGAAAAUAACACACCAGUCCGAAGGGGACGGACUCGAAAACAGGUUCUUGUAUCAAAUGAAGAUUCGAAUAAAGAAAUGGACGAAUCAAUCAAAGUUAAUGAAAAUUACCCAUCGGUACAAACGCGAAAAACAGCUCUUGAAGGAGAAUCCGUUUCUCAUUUAGGACCAAUCGACCAAGCCACAGGAAAAUAUGUCGAAGAAAAAAACACAUCAGUACGAAGGGGAAGGCCUCGCAAACAGGUUCUUGUAGCAAACGACAUGUCAACUAAAAGCAAAGACAAUUCAGUUCUACAUUCAGAGCAAAUUGAGCCUUUAGAGACGGAAAACAACAUUAACGAAAAUGAGACACCGGUACGAGCGGGUCGAACGCGGAAAAAGGUCCUAGUGGCAGAAAUUGCAAAGGUGUCCAAAGCAGUUGAAGUCAUUGAUACCGAGCAGGUAUUGCACCAAAAUGUAGGGACAAAAGUUGACAAAACAGAUACAAAAUCGGAACAAACUGAGGUUGUAGUAACAGAAAAUCAACGAAAGGUACCGGCAGAUAAACCCGCAGCAGUUAGAAGGGCCCGUCCGAGAAAGAAUGCUCCUAAAACCGAAUCUUCAAUUUUAAUCCACCCUGACGUUACUAUCGCUAAAAAUGUAACACCUGACGAGCCACAUCCAACGGAAGACAAAUUAGAUGAAAAAACGGGACCAGUUGGACAUCCUUCAACCGAUCAAAACUUAGAAGAAAAGGAUGCACCACCAGCAGUAAGAAGGGGUCGGGCGCACAAGAAAGUUCCUGAAGUGGACGUAACAACUGUAGUUCAGCCUGUGAAAAAGGGUCGUGGUAAAAAAGUAAUAGAAACGGUAGAGGAACCUAUCGCUAUCACUGAAAAUGUAACGCCUGAUGAGCGACAUCCAACGGAAGACAAAUUAGAUGAAAAAACGGGACCAGUUGGGCAUCCUUCAACCGAUAAAAAUUUACAGGAAAAGGAUGCACCACCAGCAGUAAGAAGGGGUCGGGCGCAAAAGAAAGUUCCUGAAGUGGACGUAUCAACUGUAGUUCAGCCUGUGAAAAAGGGUCGUGGUAAAAGAGUAACAGAAACGGUAGAGGAACCUAUCCCUAUCACUGAAAAUGUAACGCCUGAUGAGCGACGUCCAACGGAAGACAAAUUAGAUGAUAAAACGGGAACAGUUGGACAUCUUUCAAUCGAUAAAAACUUAGAGGAAAAGGAUGCACCACCAGCAGUAAGAAGGGGUCGGGCGCACAAGAAAGUUCCUGAGGUGGACGUAUCAACUGUAGUUCAGCCUGUGAAAAAGGGUCGUGGUAAAAAAAUAACAGAAAUGGUAGAGGAAUCCAUCGCUAUCACUGAAAAUGUAACGCCUGAUGAGCGACAUCCAACGGAAGACAAAUUAGAUGAAAAAACGGGAUCAGUUGGGCAUCCUUCAGCCGAAAAAAAUUUAGAGGAAGAGGAUGCACCACCAGCCGUAAGAAGGGGUCGAGCGCACAAGAAAGUUCCUGAAGUGGACGUAACAACCGUAGUUCAGCCUGUGAAAAAGGGUCGUGGUAAAAAAGUAACAGAAACGGUAGAGGAACCUAUCGCUAUCACUGAAAAUGUAACGCCUGAUGAGCGACAUCCAACGGAAGACAAAUUAGAUGAUAAAACGGGACCAGUGGGGCAUCCUUCAUCCGAUAAAAACUUAGAGGAAAAGCAUGCACCACCAGCAGUAAGAAGGGGUCGGGCGCACAAGAAAGUUUCUGAAGUGGACGUAUCAACUGUAGUUCAGCCUGUGAAAAAGGGUCGUGGUAAAAAAGUAACAGAAAUGGCAGAGGAAAAAGAACAAGAUAUUGUAACGCCUCGCAAAACAGGAAGAAAGCGUAAGAUUAACAUGCAGAUUGAUCCACAGGAAUCUGAGGAGAAUCAGAAAAUUGAGGAUACAAAUGAAAUUCAGCCUGAAUCGAAUCGUUCCGGAGGAGUAGCGCAGGAAGAAGAUAGCGAAAAAACAACUGAGUACCCAAAUGAAAAGAAAACUAAAAAAUCUGCUGCCCCCCAAGCAAAAUCGAAAUCGAGAAAAACAGUUAAGAAAGGUGAUGAAAGUGUAUCUGCCAAUACGAGCGCAGUAAAGAAUGAAGCUGAAAGUAUUGAUACAAACGUACCGAGAAGAACACGUGCGAAACGAAAUUGAGCACAGCAAGCUAUUUUCUCGUUUGAUAUUUUUUUUAAAUUUUAGUUUAUAUUUUAUGUAUUGAAGUUUGACUAACUAACGUGUUAUUUCGUUUGACCAUAAUGUAUAAAAACUAUUUAAAUAAAUAUUUUUAAUUCGAAACUUCACUGUGUUACCUCAACUAGUAAAUUUAAACAAUCGUUCUAGAAACAAUCAAAACUUGCAUAUGUGUAAUAUCGAAAUCUAUGCUCCGCAAUAUUACAACAGAGGGUUCACUAUCCAGCUACGUCAGAAUCAGAAUAGUACAGUUACUUCCCGACUUACGUGGAUAAUGGGGACCGGAAAAAUCCGCGUAUCUCGAAUAUCCGCGUAACUCGAAUACUGCCUGACAUAUAGUUUAUACUUCGUAUCCAGGGGUCGAGUUCUUGUGUCCAUGUUAUAAAAAAUUCAAAUAUUAAAUUCAUCCAUUGAUUUGGAUACAAUGAGUAUUUUUCAAGCAUUAUUGCAUUAAACG